UGUUUAUCGGGCAGCAGCAGCAGCAGCAUUCCAGAGUGCAGUUAAAGUAGGACUAAUCCCCAUGACGUCACGAGGGGGUGGAGGGGGGAGCCUUCAGAAACACGAGAGGAGUCGCUUUCAGAGGAGCAAGUACCAACAUGCCCAGAUUACGGGACUUCCAAGUAGAUUGUAACAAUAUAUAAAAGUCGGAAAUGGAUCUUUAGCCACUGAGGAGUCUGGCGGCAAUGCAGCGACGAUGCGUUAGAAUCAGGAACGGGUUCUUUAGAGGAAUGAUUUUCAGCAGAAACCUUUAAAGUUGAGCGAAACGAAAUAAAUGAAGGCGUUUUAUACCGUAUGUAGUGGGCGCACAGCGGUUACGCGCGUUUGCGUACAAUGCUCGGUCGUUAACGCUACGCGAAAACAGCAGCGAACGCUUUGCCGAUUCUAAUUAACGAUUGUUUUUGGUUUCACACCGACCUUCAUUCAGAAUGAACCAGUGUAAAGUCAUGAAGGAUGGCUAUCUGGAGAAGAGGAGUAAUGGACUUCUGCAGCUGUGGAAGAAGAAGCGUUGCGUUCUGACAGAGGACGGACUCCGGCUGUACGACUGUAAAGGCGAGAGCAGUAAAGAGAUGCGCUUCGAGGAGAUGACCACGCUGGACUGCGUGGAGUAUAAACGGGGUCUGGUGUACUUCACCAUCGUGAUGAACGGUGGGAAGGAGACUGACUUCAGGUGCCAGCAGGAGGGAACGGCGUGGAACGCGGAGAUCGCGCUCGCGCUGGUGCGCUUCAAAAACCGCGUCGCCGUUCAGACCGGCAGGAACAGACAUUUGUCACAUCUGGGCAGCUGCGGCGAGGGAGACGUCGAGCUUUGAGGAUUACUCAACCUAGACACAGGACUGGAUCCAAAAGAGAGAGAAACAGUGGACAAGAAUUGAAGGCAGGAGCCCAAUGCUAAGAAAACACCCGAUGAAAAACUUUAAAACUCACAUAUUUCUUUUCUUUUGUGCUUCCACCAUUUUUCAAAGUGACAGCUUUUGGCGUGCUCACAGACACAGCGGAUGGAUUUGUACAUGUGGGUGUUAGGCCAUGGAUGUUUUGUACACAGUGGAGUUUUUUCAUGCACUUUUAGUUAGACAGAAGUCAACAGCAACAGAGACCCAAUGGGUUGCUCUUCACCAUAAUUCAAUGCUAAAUUCACUCCUCACAACGCCAGAGUGGAUUAUGGCAUGGACUUUACACUUUUAAUAGACACAUUUACCUCAUGCUAAAUGGAGGACUUACGCUCAGUAUUAUAAGUGAAAGCAUGAUGCUGCUUUAGCAGACAUUAACCAUAGAUGAAGUAUGACUCACAGCUGCACUGUUUAACAUUUCAUAAGUAUUUGAACAGCGAAUCUGGAUUCAUUCACUUGUAAAGGUUUUCAACCGCACACAAAGCACGGCAGGAAGACCAGACUGCUGUUCCUUGGAAUGUAUCCCGACUGGACGGAAAACUUGAUGGAUGUGUUUUUAUUUUAUUUUCCAUUGGACAAUGCUGUUAUUACUACAAUUUUCUCCAUAUUCUGCCGAGCGGUUGCCAAAGUUAGAAAAUAAUCAUCUGCAUUGUGGUGGUUAAAAAAGAUUAUAGAGGAAAUGCAUUCUGCACGUUCGGUACACAUUGUCCAAAUAAAAAGAAAAAUUUUGUGGCUUUGAAAGACAUAUCGGUGUGAAUUUCUCUUAAUUAGUUCAUCGAGGCCCGAGGCAACAGCAGGAUUUUUAAUGCUAAUUAGAAGCAGUGUUUCAGCUCUCAGACGCUUUCUCGACUCUCAACCUCAAGUGUCUCUGCAGCACAUGCCCGGACAAUGGCCUCACUGACUAAUAAUGUCCCGCCUUGCCUUCUUUCCCCAGCUGUCAGUUUCACAGCAAGGCCGUCAAAGAAGUUGUCAAACAGGGCUUUUUCUUCAGGAUGAAUAUGUUUUGCUAUUGUGCAGUAAUCUGUGGAAGUUAAGUGCUGCACUGCUGCGUUAACAAACUGAGGCGUGAAGGGAAGUGUAGUAUUAAUCUGAAACAUGCCAUAACCAGUUUGUUAUCUUAAUAAAUCUCUAGAUUAAAUGACAGACCAUGAAAGAUCCGUUCAAAGUCACUGAGAAUCUGAUGAAAUCCUCACAUGUAGUUCUUAACUGAGGGGUCAUGACUGAAUAAUGACGUGCGGGUCAGAUUUGAUUGGGAAAAACAAUGUUAAAUGCAAAUAUUAGUUCAGUCUGAAGCAUAAAGAACAUUAAAUAGAUACUAUGCCUCAGUUAUUGAGCAUCAGUUCCAGUUUGACUAAGUCAGGGUCCAAUAUGUUUAUGUGGUUUUUACGCCGUUGUUCCAGCCGUUACAAUGUUAUUAUGGUGGCCAUGAGACACAUAACAGUUAAAAAGACAUAUGAUAUAAACAAAUAUAUAUUAAACAUAGCAACAGAUAUUUAUCAAAAAAUGUAGAGAUUUUGAGAAUGACAGAUGCCAUUAAUAUAUAAUGAUAUGUUUAAAUAUGCAUUUUUAUGUAUAUGCAUAUUUAUAUUUAAACUUCUAAUUAUAUAUUUUAUUUUAAAUAUGCAAUUUAUAUUUAUAUACAUUUCACAAUUAAUGCUUCUAUUCAGCAAACAUUAAAUUAAGAGACAGUUAAGACAUUUGAAUAGUUAUUUCAAAUAAAUGCUGAUCUUUCAAAAUUCCUGAAAAAAAAAAAAAUCGAUAUUGAAUCAGCAUAUUAGAAAUAUUAAAAUAUAAGAAAAAAAUAUAUUCAAAUACACACACACACACAUAUAUAUAUGAUUUUCUUGAUUUUCAAAAGUCAAUUAAUUUGUGACAGGUGAAUGUAGCAUUUUUUGACAAGCCAAUCAUGUCAGUCUCUGAGUAACAUAUAAUUUAUUUAAGUCACUAAAUAAACUCCAUUUUGUAAAAUAAAUAUAAUGAACAUUUUGAACGCCUCCAUUAUGUUUUAUAAUACCCAAAAAAUCAAACAAUUCACCCCUCACGCAUGUUUACAUGUCCGUCAAAAACGUAGGCUGGCUGUUGGUUGAAAUACUAGAACGAAAAACAUCAACGAACACAUGCAUGGGCAUCAGUGUCUGUAACUCUAUUCGUAUGACCCUGCGAUUAUGACUUUGCAAUCUGUUCCAAAUUAACCAAUGCACUCAAGUGAAGUGACCUUCUACUAACAUCCCCUGCUGAGUGUGCAGGCAGCAUUGAAGACUGCCAUAUUCCACUCUCUCCAGUAUAGCUCUGGUCUCAUCUCCAGGCCGUUCGGUGCCCUGGGCUGUGCCUGUGGCCUUGCAAUAAUAGGCAGAUUGUGUGUGUGGAAAACCCCAGAGCCGGAACUUCUGAGGAGGCUCUGUUAAAAAAAGCCACAGUCUUGAGAUGACUCAGCAGUCUGGCAGCUUCCUUACAGCUUUCUGGACCUCAACACAUGUGUGCAAUGGCUUGUGCACAGCAGUUUCAGAAUAAAGUCCUCUUUGAGUGUGUGUAUAGUGUUGAACUGUAAUUAGACCAAAAUACAGGCUACUAAUUGCUCUGUAGAGGCUGCUAAGCUUCAAUUUACUCCAUUGCAAGUCCUUCAGAAGUAGAUAAGAGCUAUAAAUGUGUAGUUAUUUAUUUACUCUAAAUAUAUUAUGUCAUAAUGGAGUUGUCUGAUUGUUCAUAGUGAAUAAGGUUGCUUGUCACUCCCAGUUACAUAAUGCUUCAGUCUGCACCUGGACAUGUUGUGGCAUCUUUUCCCAAAGGUGUGUCGAUGCAGUUUCAAUGGGGUUAGAGGCGGCACAUGGUGGCAGUCAGAUUGCAUGGAUGCGGAUUCACGCUCAAACACACUCACGAGUCAUGAGAGAAAUGAGCUGCAGUAAUAGAGCCAUGUGAAGUGUGUUCAACAGCUGAGCUCUGAUAAUAAACACUGCAGGAAGGAUGCUCAUAUAUGCACAUCCAUCUACAACCAAUUAUUUUGAAUUGUGUUUUUUUUUUUUUUGUCCAAAAUUUGUCAUUGGUAUGUUACCUUUUCGAAAGGUACACAUAUGAACCAUUUAGGUACUACUAUGUAACUUUAAGGUAGCUACUGCUGUGCAUCCUUUAGGGGUAAAUAAGGUACAAAGGUGUACCUUUAGAAAAGCUUUUGUACCUUUUUUCUCAGAUUGUUCAGUUUUUACCAACAUUCUUCACAGUAUCUUCUUUUGUGUUUCAUAGACGUUAUUCAGGUUUGGUUCAACAUGAGGUGAGUGGAUGGUGACAGAAUUUGUACUUUUGAAUGGACUGUCUCUUCAAGUGAAAUGAAAACACCAAAAAUAAACAAAAGAAGCAGAAACUUCAGGUUAAUGUGGUGUUGUUUUUUCUGGACUGUUGUUGUCCCGUCUCUCUCUCUAGACACAUUCCAGAAGGUUUUGUGCGUCAUUGACAGAGGCAUGUGAGGAGCAGAGAGACCAUGUGUGUGUAAACUGUGUUAAAAUAGCAGAUGAGUGUGAGCCUGAUGAAUUCUGCGCGCCUCUUUAACCU